AUGCCAUUUCCGGACGCUUCUGCCGGGUUUGAAAGCCUCAUUUCUAAUCUUUCAGCCAGGCUCCCGCCUCCAGCGUGCCGAGGCUCGGUGCUAGACCCUCCCAGGAUUCCAGAUCCCACCCCAGCGGCGCCAACCUGCGGCUGGGCGGUCGGCGAUGCGGCUGGUGGCGCGCGGAAUCCCGAGGUGCCCCUGACCCUCCUCCGGACGCCAACUCUGCGGCUCCGGCUCGGCCGCCUCCCGGCCUGGCGACCUUCCUCUCCUCCAGCCCACAACCAGGCCAGCGCCCGGGCACUGAGAACUCCACCCCGCGCGCAGCCGGGAGGCGAAGGUGCUGAUCCCCAGCCGAGCACCGCAGGAUCCGCGCCGUCGGGGGCCGCCGCGCUGGCCCAGCGCCAGGGAGCCCUAGAUAGGACUUGGUGUGUUCCGCGCAGUCCCAAAUACGUCCGGAGUCGGGACCGAGGUGCGUAA